GACGCUUAAACACUGUCUGCUAAGAAGCUUACUGUUCCCUCUCUGACACGGACAAUCCUCUUCACUGGAAAACUCCACAUACGCCUCCACGGACAAGGACCUUCUGAACAGAGGGACGCUGCUGUUCUUCUGAGAGGCGUGUUUUGGAUCUCCUGCAGCCAUGUGUGAUCAGACGUUCGUGGCGGCCACUUUUGGGCCUUGUGACAACUGUGGAAAGGCCAGCCCACUGAUGAACAUCUACAUCAAGAAUGAGCCCAUCAACUACUGCUCCUUCUGUAUGGAAGUGAUGGCCUGUCAGGGGCUCCUGUCGGGGGAGUCCGUGGCGUCGCUGAAGCUGGAGAGUGAAGCCCUGAAGCGGAGGCUGGAGGAGGAGAGGGGGAAGCUCAACGAUGUGGAGUUGCACCAGGUGGCUGAAAAGGUAGAGGUGGUGGGUACUCUCUCCAUAAAGCCCAGACGUGUGCUCAAGGGUCAUGGAAACAAGGUGCUGUGUAUGGACUGGUGUAAAGACAAACGCCGACUGGUCAGCUCCUCACAGGAUGGAAAAGUGAUUGUUUGGGACGGAUUCACUCUUAAUAAGGAACAUGGAGUAUCUUUGCCAUGUACAUGGGUUUUGGCUUGCGCUUAUGCACCCUCAGGCUGUGCUAUUGCUUGUGGUGGACUAGAUAACAAAUGCUCGGUGUUCCCACUGUCACUGGACAAAAAUGAGAACCUGAAUGCGAAGAAGAAGGUGGUUGCCAUGCACACCAACUACCUCUCAGCAUGCACCUUCACCAACUCUGACAUGCAGCUCCUGACCUCCAGUGGUGACGGCACAUGUGCAUUGUGGGACGUGGAGAGCGGGCAGCUGCUUCAGAGUUUCCAUGGUCACACAGCUGAUGUGUUGUCUCUGGACCUCGCCCCGUCUGAGACUGGAAACACUUUUGUCUCUGGGGGCUGUGAUAAGAAGGCCAACGUGUGGGACAUGCGCUCUGGACAGAACAUUCAGUCAUUUGAGAGCCACAUCUCUGACAUUAACUGUGUGAAGUAUUACCCCAGUGGAGAUGCAUUUGCUUCAGCAUCGGACGAUGCCACAUGCCGUUUCUAUGAUCUGCGAGCUGACCGUGAGGUGGCCGUCUACCAGAAGGACAGCAUUGUAUUCGGUGCUUCUACCGUGGACUUCUCCCUCAGUGGCCGCUUGCUGUUCGCCGGCUACAAUGACUACACCAUUAAUGUGUGGGACGUUUUGAAAGGAAACAGAAUCACCACGCUGUAUGGUCAUGAGAAUCGCAUCAGCAGAGUGAGAGUGUCCCCUGACGGCACGGCGAUGUGCUCAGCCUCCUGGGACUACACUUUGCGGAUCUGGGCCUAGAGUUUCUACCAGACAGCAGACGGCACCAGCAUUAGGCUAUGUGAUUACUGAAGCUGCAAACCCCUCCCAGAAACCAACACAACUGAAGGAGUGUGUUCAUGCAAAGCUUUCAGACAAAUACGCAGAAGCACAAAAACCUAUCUCUCCAAUGAGAUUAUAUCAGUAUAUGGUAACUGUAGGAUGCAUAUGAAUUUUACAGACAUUUCAGGUUUGUAUUUGUAAUCGAUUUUUAGCAUGACACCUAAUACAUGAUUUAAUUAUUAUUUUAUUUUAAAUGCCCUGUAGGAGGCAGACAUAUUUUUCUGAAUUGCCAUGUAAAGCUAAAGCCAAUGUAAAUGAUUGUCUUGUACAUUUUGUAUCAGUUCCCUCUCACUUCUUUUUCAGGUACUUUACAUGCAGAUGUAGUUAUUAAGGUUAACUUUUAAUCUAACUACGUUUUCUUGUUUCAAAGUAAACAGUUAAACAGUUUAGUAAAAACAAAAAGCUUGAGCUAAAGAAUAAAUAAUAUUUGAAGUA